UGUCUGGUGUUUUUGAAAUGACGUUUUCUGCGUGUUUUACAAUUGGAGGUGGCGUAUUUAGUUGUUGGACGUAAUUUGAGGGAAUUAGGGGUGUAUUUGAGGCAAAAUUUGGAGUUGUUAUGCCGAUUUGAGUGUGUUGGGCGAGUUCGGCAUGAAUGAACCACCCUCCAGAGGAGUGCGUAAAUGGUUCCCGCGCACUGCAUGUUGGUAGUAAAUUUCUAUGGUUCCAUGACAGAGCCGCCAUGAUGGCUUUCUGUAUAACACGCUCAACAUGCAAAGUUUCAAAGUUGUUUUACUGUAUUUGUGACUGAGUGCGUGUAAACAAAAACAAUGGGAACGUACUAAGGACCGCGAAGCACCGUUUAGUGUCCGUCUCGGACGGUCCGAGACGCGGGAAGGCCGUUUUCGGGCGCGUUUUAUGUUGGCCCUGUCGUGUGUUGUGUGCUGUCAACAAAUAUGUCCAAGCUUUCGUUCAGGGCGAGGGCCCUGGACGCCAGCAAGCCCAUGCCCAUAUACAUGGCGGAGGAGCUCCCGGACCUCCCGGACUACUCGGCGAUCAACCGAGCGGUCCCCCAGAUGCCCUCGGGCAUGGAAAAGGAGGAGGAAUGCGAGCACCAUCUGCAAAGGGCGAUAUGUGCGGGGCUCAUCAUCCCCACACCGGAAGUUUCGGACAUGCCAGACAAGGAAUUCUACGACAAGGUUUAUCCCGCCAACUAUAAACAGCCCCGGCAGCUCAUCCACAUGCAACCCUUCACGAUGGAACAAGACAUCCCUGACUACGACAUGGACUCGGAAGACGAACGUUGGUUGCAAUCGCAGGCGCAGAGGCUGGAUCUGACUCCUCUAAAGUUCGAGGAGAUGAUGGACCGUUUGGAGAAGAGCAGCGGCCAGACUGUGGUGAAUCUGAACGAGGCCAAAGCUCUGCUGAAGGAGGAUGACGAUCUCAUAAUCGCAGUAUUCGAUUAUUGGUUAAACAAACGCCUGAAAACCCAACAUCCCCUAAUCCUGACGGUGAAGACGGAACAGAGAGCCGGCGCCGCCCCCAACAACCCGUACCUGGCGUUCCGACGGCGAACGGAGAAGAUGCAGACCCGCAAGAACCGCAAAAACGACGAAACAUCGUAUGAAAAAAUGCUAAAACUUCGUAGGGAUCUCCAUCGGGCCGUCACGCUGCUCGAACUCGUCAAGAAACGGGAGAAGAUGAAGCGGGAACACGUCUAUCUCACAGUGGAAACGUUCGAGAAGAGAUUCCAUGCGAGGGACUUCAGUGGUGCCAUCUAUGCGGAAGCAGCAGCGAUCAAGACGACGAGGCCGGCCUUCACACCGAUCUUUCACAAUCACUAUCCGAACCAGAGCUGGUCGAAUAAGGCGAUACUCAAAGACGAAGUUAUACCCAGGAAAGAGAAAAGACAGUACAAAAAGAGGAAACACAAAUCACUGGGGCACACUCGGAGCGGUGGCAUCGGAGCGGCGGGAUUGGAUGGAUUGGGGGCGCUGUCGUCGGAUGAAGACACUAUGCCGCAGCUGUCACCCGAACCUGAAGAACUCGAGGAUGAAGGACAGUUCGCUUUCCGCAGGAAUAAGCUGUGUUCUUAUCACAUGCCGUUGCCCACGGAGGGUAACUGGCCGUGGUGUUCGAAAGAAGAGAACGGCUUGGCGGACAAGCGCUUCCGCUUCACGUUGACGUCUCUGUCGAACCCUCGCCGUUGCAUAGGUUUCGCCCGAAGACGCAUCGGUCGAGGAGGAAGGGUCAUCCUGGACCGCAUCGGAACCGACCACGAUGAUUUCUGGCGAACGUUGGAUUUCACGAUUGUCGAACCGAACGCUAAAAAAGAAGAACAACAAAACGAAACGAAUUUGUCGUCGGACGGUGUAGUUAAAAUGGACGCUAGUUUUGUUAAUAAUAAUACGAACGUAAACAAUAAUUUACGAACUGAUAUUAAAAGUGAGUAUGGUUAUGUCAGUAACAGUUUUUCACGGACGAAUGUGAAUGAUGUCGGUGGUGAGAGUGAAAGUGGGGGCCAAAUCGAUGUCAAAAAAGAGGUCGAAGAGGAUGGAGGACCACAACCGGAAACUUUUGCACAUAGCAAAAGUGACGAGGACGAAAUGGUUGAAAUUUUGCGGUCUGUUCGGAGGGAUUGGCUGCACUUCCGACCGAAGACGCCGCCCCCCGACGAAGAGUCCCCGUGCAGUUUGCUCCCGUUCAGCGAGAGUUAUUUCGUCCCCGGUGCCAACAUGUCGUUCUCAAUCGAGGUCCAGUCGUUGGAAACGCCAAGUACACUCCUGGACACUUCCGCUUUCUUAACCGAUCCAUUCACGUUUGAUAAUUUGGACAGUAUAGAAGACGUACCGGUAACCGACACGCGGCAAUCCAGUGAUAAAAUCGUGCAAACGGGCAUUAACUUGAACGUUAAUGUCGGUCUCAAUACGCUUACUCCUAGUGUUAACGAUAAUAGUAGUAGUGUUUUUUCAAAUAGUAACGCGAACCUCACUGAUAGUAUCAAGCUCGAGGAUGCGACGUCAUCGUCGACGUCGGACGAAAACGACGAAAGGACUAUCGGAUGUUCGAGGUUUUACGUGUCGGAUUUGGGCGUCACGAAGAAAAAUCAAACGUCCAAAACGCAAACCGUUACGAGUACCUUGACUAGUCCUAAGUUUAAUAGUGUCAACGCCGUGUCUGAGGGAUGGAGUAGGAGUACAGCCACCGAAGGGCCCUUGACUAACACCAACGGACUGCUCUCGCAGUUUGGCCUGGAUGGUAGGACAAAAAACAAUAAAAUAUCUUACGCUUACUCAGGCGGAGUUUACCAAACUGUACCACCCAUCAAUGCUUCCUCUGGCACAUUGAGUCUUCACACUUCUGCACACACUCUUACGCUUAAUAGUCAUAGUGCCAACAUUUUAGAAAUACCGAUAACCGACGACACGGAACCCGUCUCGAACAAACUGGUGAAUUCUCAAUGUACAGAACCAGGCACAGCUACGACAAACAACAAAACGAAAACCAUCGUCCGGAAGAACAAUCUGGUAAUGGAAGUGACGUGAUGCUCAUCUUCAGACCUGCGUUUGUCGAAAGCGCAGGAUGGCUUUUUACUAUCAACAAGGUGUUUCAUUUUCUGCUGGUUAUACGUUUUCAAGAUUUGAAAUGCCUGUCAGAAUUUUUACGUUCUCGUCAUUCAGAUUGUACACAAGUAUUAGUAAGAAGAAAAAAAGUUGCAAAGAUUAUGGGAAAAGUGAGCAGGGCGUUUAUUUCGUAAUCGAUUUGUUUAUCAAGCCGAGAACGCGGCGCUUUAUGGGAUAUAAUGGUGUUAUUUUUCCUCGAUCGAUUUUAUUCAGUACCUACGAUUACACAUAAGUUGAAUUUUAAUGGCUUCUCAGAUUUUAGAUGUGCAUAAUUGAAUACAUUUGUUUAAAGUGUAGACAGUCGUGCUGGGGUAACAUCGUUAUAUUUCAUAGUCUAUUGUUCAUCUGUCGUGCUGUUUGUAUACAUUUCGUAUGAAUGUAUUAAUUUCAGUGUAUACCGCAUAAUCUCCAGAACUGUUGCAUAAUAUUUUAAUUUUUUAAGACGAACAUAUUCUAACUUUAUAGUAUUAUUGUGUUCAUUAAGUGAUCAUAAAUUACUCAGUUUUAGUUGAAUAAAUUUGUAGAGAAAGCAGGCAUUUUCGCAAAAUCUUACCAAUAAACUAGACUUCUAUUUUAAGGAGUUGUUAAUUUAUUUUCUAUUGUAAUUAUAACCCUAGUGUUAAUAAUUCAUGAGGCUGUUGAACUAUUAUUAGUAACUUAUUACAUUUUGUAAAUGAAAUUUUGUGAAAUGUACUUACACCAUUAGACCACUGUAUUUUAAAGCGAUUAAAUUUUUUAGCCAUCAUUUCCACAUUUUGUGUUCUUAAUACAUAUGUGCAAGCGGAACGAAAACAAGUUAACAAAUGUAAGAAGUUAGUCUGAGUCUCGUGAACUUCUAUCUGUAUAAAAUGUUGGCACGUUAUGAGUUUAAAUAGUUAACAAUUUGUCAAAAGUGGUGUUACGUCUUUCAAUAUAAGCUUCUCUGUGUCUAUUUAACUAUUACAAUCCUACAUUGGCAGAUCGUUAACGGUAUAAAACGUUUUUAAAAUUUAAUUUGGAAACAAGUUUAUUUCAUUGUAUGUUUUAUAAACAAACUAAAAAGGCUGUUAGAAAAUUGGUAUAAAUACGCUCUCUUAAUUUCUUAUAAGUAAAUUCGAAAAUUUUUACUAUUUUGAAUAACACUUUUGCUCGUUUAUUAAAAACUAUUGUAAAUAAUACUUUUGUUUGUAUAUAAUUAUCAAGACUAGCAGUAUUUUUUGUACAAAAGUUUGUCAAUUAUGUUUUAGGUGUUAAGUAUCAUAAUUUAGGGCAAAGGUAUUAUUUAAAACAAGUUUAAAUUUAAAAUUAGAAUCAAUGGUGCAAGCUAUUAGAUAAUAAGUCACAUUCCUACUUCUGUAUGUCAUUGUUUGAAUUAACGGUUUAAAUGCAUCCAUGUGAUUGUCGAUUUUCUUAUGUUAAAAUUUAGUAAUUUGAUAUUUAGACUGUUAAUUCAUUAAUUUAUUAUAAACGAAAAAAAUAAUAAAGAGCCGGACAUUCAACAAUGUAGAACUUGUCUAUGUUGUUUUAUGUUGAGAAAAUCCCAAAAAAAUAUAAUUGCUUCAACAUUGAUUGUGGCACUUAUUACAACUAAAAUUUUAGCAUUCACACUAUAAAAAACUGAGGUUUUCUUUUACCGUAAUGUGAAUGUUCGAAUUUUUAGUGCGGAUAAGUUGUAGAAUGUGGUAUUUAAUUUAUAAUAUACAUAAAAUGGAAAAAAAUUAAUAACGCGAUUACUAUAUACGGGUCUAUUAAUGAACGUUCUGGGUUUUUGAUUAGGUCCUCUGAAUGUGAAUAUUUGUAAAUAUGUGAUUAGUUUAUGUGUAUGAAUGAUCAAUAAAAUCUGUCAUGCAGGUUUUAGAUUCUAAA